AUGCGAUUGAUUCAGUAUCCUGGUUGCCAUAAAUCAUAUAGUCGUUUGGAAAAUUUGAAAACACAUGUGCGAACACAUACAGGAGAGCGCCCAUAUAGAUGCGAAUUCCCAGAGUGUGACAAAGCAUUCAGUAAUGCAUCCGACAGAGCUAAACAUCAAAAUCGCACUCAUUCUGAUACAGUGCGCAUAUUUUCUAAGCCUUAUCAGUGCAUGAUUGAUGAUUGUGUGAAAAGUUACACUGAUCCAUCUUCGUUACGAAAGCAUAUAAAAUCUGUUCAUGGUGAUGAGGCUUAUGAAUCAGCCAAACGAAACAAGGUAAAUAAUAAGCGUCGCACUGGUACAGCAUCAGAUAUAUCUCAGUCUUCAUCAAGGAGUGCUGUUGAAAGACAUCACGAUGAUAGUGAUGAUGAAAUUUAUCACGUUAAUUCGCCAACUCGAAUGAUCUUAUCUGCUUGUUUACGUUCAGUAGAGAAAAUUGGUGAAGAUAUGAAAGGGGAGAAUAUUCGCAGUAGUAAAAAGAAGAGGCCAAAGAAAGUGGUUUUGCCUCAUAAUUCAGAAAAUUGUUGGGCUGGUAUGCAGUAUGGUUCGAGAGCUGGUCCAUCAUCCCCAGAUUCUGGCGGUAUCAACUUACAAACGAUAUCAUCGAAUGAUUCAAACCUUAAUUCAUGCACACUAAAAGCUCCGAAUUCAUCAAAUUCAUCAAACACUAAUGGGAGUAAUACAUCAGUGUUUGGUGGUCGUAGAGAUUUUUGUGUUGAUCGCUUUCUUCAGAACAGAAGACAGUUCAAUGACAGCAGGGCUUUUGAUGAAAGCUCAUUUAAUUAUGAAUGCCAUCCUCGUUAUGUUGACCGUUCGCCGUCACCAUCUUCAGAAACAAAAGAUAGGAUGGCAAAAUAUCGAAAAAGUUUGACUUUCUCGUUUCUUUGUUUAUUUCGAUUUCCAAAGUUUUUCAAGGUCUCUGGAGCUGGAUCAUAUUCUGGCAUUCUUGCUGCACUCGCCUCGCUCUCAGUUCUGCUCUAUUGCUCUUCGCUGCUUCGUCCUCGUCGAGUUCACGGCGCUGAUCGAAUGGGAUACAUUCGAGCGUCUUAUUUAGCGCUAUCGAUUGGAUAUUUGCCUCGUUGUGAUCAGGUACACUGA